AACAUGUCGGCUUGAGGCAGGAGUGGCGUUGUGUCAGAGAACUCAUAUUUGCUCAGAAUGGACUUCCAGUCGGCCAUGGAAACUUUUGCAGAAGCAUGGGUCGCUGCUAACACACAGACGCCACUCACAGAAGCCGCGGAAGCACAGAGCCUGGCAGGAGUUCCCCCGAGUGUUGGUGUGGCUCCUCCUCCGACGGGCGGCGGAACAGCAACCAGCACAGGAGGCGGGGCGUCCGGGGUCGGGGGUCAGCCCGGUGCGCCCAGAGCUGCCCCCUCUUCGCCCCCGCCUUCGUCCCUGGCUGCUCAAUGCUCACCCGAGGAGCAGGACCGCAGCAGCAGCAGCUGUGAGGCCGUGGCACCCACCAGGCCACCCCCUAACGUGCUGGCUGGCAAGACGCUGCCGGUGCACUGCGUGGUCGAGCGCGUGCCGAGCCCGCAGACGGACAGCCAGCAGCCCUCCGUCGAGGUGGACAGCUACGCCAUCGUGCCCAGCGCCGCCCUGUUCGUCGACCUGGUGCGGACGGCCCUCACGAAGCUCGGCUAUUCGCCCUCCGAGGCCAUCUGCGCCAAAGGUGUGGUGCAGAUCAAGAACUGGAAGCCCCUGUCGUUCGACCAGAUCACCGAGCUUCCAGAGGCCACCGUGGGAGACAUGCUCAGCGACCUGGUGCAGGUGGCCACGCUCAGGAUACGCCUCUACAGCCGGCCCAAGCCCAACGUGGUGAACGACGUGAAGGAGAAGCUCCUUCAGGUGCUGCUGGCUCAGUCGCACUCGCUGCUGCUGAGUUCUGGCUGCCCCAUCGACCAGACUACGCUGGCGGCUCUGACCAAGGGCAAGGCCGAGUGGGAAAUCUCCGAGGACACGCGCAAGAAAUUCGACCAGUGGUAUCUGCACCAGGUGUUCCAGCACUGUCGCCAGGUGGCACUUCUGCAGCACCAGCUCCAGCAGCAGCAACUUCAGCAACAGCAGAAGCAUGCCUCUGUGGCCGUGCCGCCGCCUCCCCGGCUUCUGCAGCUGAGCCUGUCCCAGCCGCCCCUGCAAACGCCGCAGCCCCCGCCGUCUUCUUCCUCUUCUUCGUCCAUCGCUGCUCAACCCGUUAGCUUAAUCACGACGCCGUCGCCGGCUGGAGCAUUGCCAGGGAUGCAGCAGUCGCAGCAACCGCCGCAGACUCAGCACCCAGUGUGCCUGCAGCAGUCCCUGACCUCCGGUGGCGGCAGUUCCUCGUCGCGGACGCGCAUCCGCACAUCCUUCGACCCGGAGCUCGAGCUGCCCAAGCUGCACCGUUGGUUCGCGGAGAACCAGCACCCGUCGAGGCUAACCAUCCAGCAGUAUGUGCGCGAGCUGAACUCGCUGGACUCGCGGCGCGGACGCAAGCCCCUCGACGUGAACAACGUUGUGUACUGGUUCAAGAACGCGCGGGCGGCGCACAAGCGGGCCGAGCUCAAGCUCUUCUCCGGCGUCUCCUCCGGCUCGCUGGGCAGCGCCCUGGGCGACGGCGGCCCGGCGUCUUCGGCGCUGAGCAACGGCUUCCUGCCUCCGCUGCGAAGCCCUGCCUGGGACUGCGGACUCGACUCAACGCAGGACUCGGAAGACGGCUUCCGCCAGCACAGGAACAGCAACGGCUUCUCCUCGUCCAUGGCGGCGCUCGGCGGAGCCGCCAUGAUGAUGCAGGAGGACUCUUUCGAAGACGACGACGACUCGCCGCCACCGAGUCCCGAGGCGACGCUGGACCUUUCGGUGCGUGGCCGCAACGGGGACCUGGUCAAGGAGGAGCCCCGGGACUCGCAAGGAAGCAGCGACAUGGAAGAGGACGAAGGCGGUGGGGGCGGAGGAAUUGCGGGCGGCGGCGACGAUACUCCCCAGGACAGCGACGACGACGAAGCGCGGUGCCACAGCGGCGCGACGACGGCGUCUUCGGGGGUGACGUCAGGGUCGUGCGCCGCGGCUCGCGUCGACUCUCCGGGUGGGCUCCGCGACGAGCGGCGCAAAAGAAACCGGACCUUCAUCGACCCGGUGACCGAAGUGCCGCGCCUGGAGCGCUGGUUCGCGCUCAACACGCACCCGUCGCACGCGCAGAUCGUGCGUCACACGGACGAGCUGAACAGUGCGCCGUACCGGAAGCGGUUCCCGCGGCUCGAGCCCCGCAACGUGCAGUUCUGGUUCAAGAACCGCCGGGCCAAGUGCAAGCGCCUCGCCACCGCUCAGCCACAGCGGCCUUCCUCCGCAUCGCCGGGCCCCAAGUCGGCGGCGGUGGGAGGAGGGUCCGGUGGUGGUGGCGACGUCGCUGCUUCUUCGGCGAGUGCGGCGAGCUCGCCUCGGGACAUGGGUGUCCGGUCGCCGCCGCCACAGCAGUCGUUGGUGUUUUCGUCAUCAGUGCACAUCUCGAAACGUAACGGCGUGCACUUUCGCUCGAUCUUGACCCACGCUCAUCCACGCACUCGCAGCAUUCCCUCAAACCCCGAAUUGUGGACCAUGGACAGCGUCAAGACGGCCGUCAUCCAGCUGCUCAGAGAGAUGUCGCAGUCCAAGCUCGCCAAGAUUUGCCCUCUCAAGCAGUCCCUGCUCUCUACGAUCGUGAACAACAAGUUCACGGGAAAGCUGGGUGCCGAGAAGUGCAAGGAAUUUGGCACUUGGUUCAUGCAGUACAGACAGUCGUCGCCAGCAUCGGCGAUGGCGUUUCUGGACGAGGACAGGCCUCCUCAAGACGGCCGCAUGACGUUCCACUCGAUCACGGAGCUCCCGCGCAUGCGGGAUUGGUUCCGCCAGUGUCCGCACCCGACCAACCUUCAGCUGCAAGACUUUGCCAAUCAACUCAACAGUGAAUCUCUGCGCUUGCGAAACAAACCCAAGGUCACGGUAAAUUGCCUCAAGAACUGGUGGAAAAACGAGCGCCAGCGGGAGCGUCGCACCAGCAAACGCCGCUCUCCGGGUGGCGUCGAUGAUGAUUCAAAUCCCGGAAACUCUGCCAGCUCCAGUUCGACACAUUGCCCCGUGCCCAUCAAGAUUGCUGCCGCCGUCACCACCGCCAGCACCGCCAGCACCACAGCAACGGCCUGCAUCAUCCACCAACACCGGAGCCCAUCGUCACCACCGGCACAUUCGCCGUCUCCUCAGCCAUCACAGCAACAAGUUACGCGACCGUCGGCACCGAGCUUCUCCAGCACCCCACACAAUCGUCCCCAGCACCCGGUCGUUACCUUGGCUACGCACGACUACGGAGCCAGGGCUGCUGCUGCCAUGAUGCCCCUGCGCCAUCUCCACCACUUGCACCACCACCACCACCAUCCUCGCUUUGUGCCGGCGAGCAGCGGGGGAGUGGUACCAGCUGCCUCGUCGUCACCGGGCGACUUGGUGGUGGCACUGUCUACCACAUCCCCGUCUUGACGCUACCUCAUCAAUGUCGGCGGGCGCCAUUUCUUCCCCCUCCCCACUACAAUGGCGCCCGGUUCCUUUCGCCUGCCCCCGGGGGAAUCCCCACCCUAUCCACCCUCGCCCCCGCUGCGUGUGCGAACGGAAAAUGCGAAAACCGACGAUGGAUGACACAAGCUUUAUGUUCGACCUUACGAGCGAGGACUUGUUCGAAAGUGGUCGUCACCCAUUCACGGGCGUUCUUGGAAGGCACAACUGAGAACCUGUAGUGUGAGUCUGUGUUUUAAUGGACGAAACAAUGUGUGUGCUUUGGUCGGACAUCUUCAAAGAGAGUUGUCGCUCUAGUGGUUCGUGAAGAUUGGGUGUUAAAAAAGACUCGCAUUAUGUGGCAAGCAAGUGAGAACUUUAGUAUGUCCUGAGUGCCAGUUUCGAGCAAGGAAGCCUGCAGCUAGUGUGCAGUGGCCUUUUUCCACAGUCCCUCUAUAUUUAUUGUACCUAAGUCAUUGUGCAGCACCCACAUUUAUUCCACGGUGUAGUGCAUUCUGUUUGUGCGUUAUAGAAAUGUCGUCCACCGUGCAACUCUAAGCAAAUAGAGUCAUGAAGUGUGAGCCUGUGGUAGCCAACGUUGCAAUGUUCUAGAUGCGAGCUAUUUCCAGCUGGAAGCUGCAUAGUGUAUAUAUUUUUUUUUUCUUUCCCAAUAAUGUCUUCAUUUUAAGGCUUUGUCUUGCUUUGUUCAGCCAUUUCAAAUUGGACAUCUUCACUUGAGAUUUUGUCAUGCUUUGUUUUGUGGAAUGAGCUAAUGUGUCAGGAAUACUGGCUGGAAGCAUUUGCAAAGUAGUGGCAUUGUUUCGCAUAAUCAUUGUAUCAUUAUGCAUGGAGUGUGUAUGAUCGAAUCGUGCCAAAGAAAGACUUGUUCAUCGUUAGACUUGGUGUCUGGAGGUGUUCAGAUUGUUACUGUUGCAUAAUGUUGUAGCAUUUUGAUUUUGCUGAGCAUAGACAUAAUUGAAAAAAUGUAAAGUUCGUUGUGAUCAUUUUUUUUGCUUGUCAGAGUAUGAUCUCUCUAAAACUGAUGAGCAUUGUGGCCAAGUCACUUUUCAUGCUAUGUCUGUGCAAUAUAUAUGGCUAAAACAUGGCAUAACAUUUCAGACAUAAUAAGGUAUCACUGGCUGAUACUUAGCUUUAGCUUAUGGCUAUGCACUAUUAUUUUUUUUUGUAUCCUUCGUACUCAUUUCAAAUGGUUGUGACAAACAAAUGAAAUCCACCUUUUCAGAUCACAUUGUUUUUUCUCAUUGCUGAUAAUUCCACUGCAGUGGACCAUAAUACACUGAGCAUUUUCUCAACACCAAAGGACAGAAAAAAAGAGCACUUUUCCGAAGGUAUUUAAAAUCAUUGUUUACUUUAGUCACUUUUUCAAGUUGUAAAGAUAUGCCAGCAUGUAUAUACCUAUUACUUUUCAAAUAUUACAAGACAUUUGCAAGAUUCCAUUGUUUUUUGCUUUAUAAACAAAGAUACUUGUGUGUCAAUCAAAUAAAAGUGUUCUGUACACA